GCUGAGCCACCACGAGGGCGUCAAGGGUGUGUCCGCCAUAUGGUGCCCAGAAGCUCCGUUGCUGGUCCAAUCAAGCAGUAAACCUCGCCUCAUCGAGAUGACUCGUCUGGAAUAGGCGUGGGAAGGUAAGUGAUAUCAAGUAUUGCUUCCUCGCAUUGUGUCUCCUCCUCGUUCGGAUACUCGCAUAACAUGAUCAAGCGAGAAUACAAGACUUGAGCACGCCCUAUCUUCUGAAGCACCUUUCAUUGUUCAGUGUGUUUCAGUUCGGUUCCUUGCGAUCCUGGACUCGAGCAUACAGCAGCAGUAGCACAAGCAGCAAUGUUGCUGCGCACCCUGACAGACGAGCAUGUGCACACCUUCCGCUCGAUGGAGAGUAUGUCACUCUGCGGCGAGUUGGGUGAGUGGACUAAGCAUAACUAUGAAGCUGAAAGCACGGCACCUGGACGCGAACCCAGGAGUCUCCGAUUGCUAGCGCUUCACGGUUACGGUCAGAAUGGGGAGAUCUUUGCUGCAAAGAUUCGACGUUUUGCUGAGACUCUCAACGAGCAGCUUGCGACAAGAGCGCCGGGUGGUUUCGAUGGAGUCGAGGUUUAUUGUCCACCCGGCCCGUACCAGCUCGACACGCACGCCAGAGCUUGGACACCCUACUUCGAUUAUAACUCGUAUCUCGAAGAGGACAGUCCGACCACGGAGCUAUUGGCAAAGUAUGUUAUCGAAAACGGGCCGUUCGAUGCGGUUGUUGGGUUCAGCCAGGGAGCUGGCACGGCUAUGGCGCUCGCGAGUUGGUGCGAAGCCGGCGUCGACCCGGUGAGGAAAUCUGCUCUCGCCUCACAAGCGUGUCCGUUUAGAAGACCUCCUCCACAAGGUCCGUUCAGAUUCGCCAUCCUGGCCUCCGGUGGACGUCGUAACGCACAGAGCCAUUGUGGCUUCUUCGAGCCUACCGUUAAUGUUCCGGUGCUCCAUUUCGUUGCUGAGCUCGACCAGUUGAAUGAACCCGAGUUUACCAACAAUUUCAACAACAGUUGGACGACUUUAGAAGUCGUUCGCCACUACGGCACACACUUUUGGCCGACGAAUCGUCGACGUACUGGAUCUAUGGUAGAAUUCGCGUGUCGGUCAUUAGGCCGGAGCGAAAAGUAUGGCACGCUCGGGAGCAUAAUAAUGCCUUCAUUGUGCUUGCUCGACAGCUCGAACCAGAGCGACCAGAGCCGCACUCAUACCUCCAGCAACAGCACCCCAGACACCAGUCCGAGUUCGUCGUCUUCGAGUGCGUCGUCGUCGAGCAGACAGCAGCGGCACAAGCCACGGUUCCGAAAGGCUAGGGUGGUCAAGGUCUUCUGAGCUCGAAGCGACUCCGCAAUGGCCGGUUGCAGAGCGGCUGGUGUUACAGGAUGGCAUUCAAACCUGCUUUCGGCAACUUCACAUAGAUAUCCUCAAGCCGUAUGAGGCGGAGAUAGAUUAUUUGAAUUGGUCAUGGCCUCAAUCUCUAUAACGCGCCCUAA